ACAAAUGGUGCGUUCUCAUUGGCUUUGCUUCUGACGAGGGCGUUGCUUCGUCUUCUACGCACUUCCACUCUAUAUAUAUAAGCGGCUCCUCCUCAUUUCCUCUAUUUCUUCUCUACUGAUCUUUGAAAAAGAGAGACCGUCACCUUGAAUUUCAUCAGCUUGUUCCUUACUUCCGUCAGCUUGUUCCUUACUGCCAUUGAAACCGUUUUUCUAAGAAAUUCAACUUACAAGUAAGUUCUAUUUCCUCUUUUCUUUCAUUUUUGCUUAUGCCUGAAUAAUUCUUUAGUGAGGACGUCAGCUUAGGUACUUAGAUUGGAUUCGUCACUUGUAGGUAGUCAGAUAUCAAGUGACGCGUCGUGUGAGGAGUCAUCAAUCCAUGAAGGAGCGGGCUACGACGAGGCCUUUCGUUCUGGUGAUGAGUCAGAGGACUUCUCACCUCCAUCAGAGACGGAAAUGUCGGCCCAAUCUCUCGACGGUGAUGAGAGUUAUACAGAGGGGGGUAAGGAUGAAGUAGAAGAGGAAAGAUGGGAGAAUGAAAGUGACGGGGACGAUGUUGAUGUUGAUAGGGAUGAUGGUGACGGUGAUGAGGAAUCUAGUGGAAGGACCUCGAAGGGUCCAGGGGAUAACUGUCCUUUCAUUCUUCCUGAGGAUUGGGCCGUCAACAAGUUUUUUCCCAUGAUGAGUGAUAAGGUUUUUAGGGAGUUGCGCACCCGCUACCAAAUUCCGGACCAUAUCCCGAUCCGUCUCCCUAGAGAGAAUGGGAGAUGUUACUUAGGGAGAACCGCUGACGUUGGCAUGUAUGAUGCCAUGUUUGCUGCGGGUCUAAGAUUGCCGCUGACGGCCAUACACCAUCAGCUAGCGGAUUUUUUGGGCCUAUCCGUCACUCAAAUUGCCCUGAAUGCCUGGAGAACUUUCAUAGGUGCUGAAAUCCUGUGGGGUCGCCUUAGCGGAGGAAACCGUCAGCUUACCUUGGACGAAUUCUUUUACUGCUAUAGACCUCAUCACAUCGCCUCGUCUAAGGGGACAUAUCAUUUUAAUGCCCGGGAGAAAAGUUUGAGGCUAGUAUCAGAUAUGUCAGAUUCCAAUAGGAACUGGAAAAGUAGAUAUUUCUUUGUUGAGGGGACAGAUUGGGUUUACCGUCAAGAAGAAUGGGCGAUGUUGCCCCAUGGUUAUUUUGACAACACUUGGGCCUUUGUCAGGGAUUCAGCUAACACCCGUCCCCACAUAACCGACGAACAGGAGGAGUUCAUCCAUCGGGUUCUCGAAAUCCCUUUGGAGGAACGAAAGUGUAGGGAUUUGAUCACCCUUGACACUAUUCAUUUAUACUGUGGGGGUCCAAAACCGUCAGCUGAAGCCUGAAAGUUGGACGACUUUUCUUGCCGAUAGAUGGAGUCUGCUAACAGAGAGUGAGGGCUGCCGCAGCCUAUCAGAAGGAGGAGAAGAGGGCAAAGGAGGCAGGGGGGCAAACCUCGUCAACCCCUAAGACCGUCGCUAAGUCUGUAAAGAGGAAGCCCGACGGGAGUGACGACCGUCCGUCUAAGAAGGCCGCCGUCACUCCUAGGGAUAGUGCCCCAAAGGAAAAAUCCCCUCUUAAGCCAAGCCAUGGUGCGGGCAAGGGGGUAAUGACUUCCUCAGGUCCCGUUAAUGAGGGUCCCUGUUGCCUCCUGACCCAUAAGGAUUAUGCCGUCGGGGAGGUUGGAUCCUUCAUAAAACCGACGGACAUAGAGCCUUGUGAUUUGUUGGGGACGGAUGAUUUAGGGGCGUCAGCCCUUUUUGAUCUCACCAGGGCCUUGGUGCGCGUCAAGGCCCUUCAGGAUCAUUGCGUUGCCAAGGAGGGAGUCGUCACCCGAGUCCGGAAGCAUAAUACAAAUCUGAUGAAUGAACAGGGGCAGUACAAGGAUGCCGUCUGUACACUAAACCAAGAGCUAAAGGAAGUUAGGGAGAAGCUAGCGGAGGCCAACUGUUAGAAAGAAAAGCUCCAGGAGGAGGUGACGGAUCUAGGCCAAAGGGUGCAGAUGGUUGGGGCUGACGCGGUUCGAGAUUUUAAAGCGACGCAAUCAUUCAUUGACUCUUGUACCGAGUAUUAUGGCACUGGGUUUGACGAUUGUCUUAAGCAGGUCGCGUCGGCAUUCCCAGAGCUGAACCUGUCUGGAAUUACAAUGGAUGAUGGAGAUGACGGCUCCUUUAAGCCUAAUCUUACUCUGGAGGCUGACGGUGUCGUUGUUCUAGCCCAGCCUGCUGCAAACCCUCCUACUCCUGUUUCCAACACUUCGGCUGCGAUUGUAGACGUUGAAAAUCAACAAGCUGACGGGAAUCCUGCUGACGCUCCUGCUCCUUAGUUCUUUUUAUUUGUAUUUUAACCUUGUAUUUCAAUCAUUUUGCAGACAAUCGUUUAAUGUGUAUUUUAAUUACUUUUCAAACAAUCGUUUA